AUGGAGGUCAAGGUUAAAGAGCAAGAAAAGCAGUUUGUUGUGUUCUGUCGUGCUUCACACCCUCAAUUGCAACCCAAUCAGACCCUGGUGCUUGCUCCCUCAAUAUUCUACAGUCUCCUCUAUCCCAUCGGUCUUUUAGCCGAAAAAUUGCCGCUACAUGUCACCGAAUCCGAAAGGCAUGUACUCUACCAUGAUGCUUCCCUUCUCCAGAUUCCAGAAAUACUUUUCUGCCUUCAAACUGUUGAGAUUGGAGGGAAGAAGAAGGAGGAGGAGAGAGUGAAAGAAUUGCUAGGAACACCGAGCAGAACCACCACCAGCACCAGUUCUGCACCCGCACCGUGUACUUUAAACCUUUCCCACUCCAUGCAGCUAAACGGCACAUGCAGAGAUUCUUCGUAUUUACCGUCAACACCCGGUACACAUCUUGAGUACCCUCGGUACAUGUACCUAUGGGGGGGAAUCUGUAUCUCUUUCUUUGACCUGGGGGUGUCAAUAACUUUACCACGUACACAGAUGCAUGGUUUGACCCUUCAAUGCGGAUAG